AUGCCAAAACUUAGUUCGAUCACAGCACUUUUCCACUGCGCGAGCAGGAUCAUCUUCCGAAAACCACCCAUGGACACGGAAACUCCGCAACCGCCAGACCCGGUGAUGGCACCUCCUUCUACGCCAGACAGAUCGCCUAGCGGGAGCGAAAUAUUCGGCGCUGUCAUUGAUGUCGUGGUCGGAAGCAACAACACUACCAGAACAUUCACAGUUCACCAAGGCGUCCUCUGCUUCUAUUCCGGCUACUUUAAGACGACCCUCUCCGCGGAGGCAAGCGAGGGCGCCAUCAAGCUACCAAACGAGGACCCAGCCAUCUUCGACACCUUCUCCCUCUGGCUCUACACACGUCGCUUCGUCAAUCCGGUCGGCGAGGACGAUGUCACGAGACUCGGGAUAAAGAAGCUCACCAUACUAUGGCUGUUCGCGGAGAAGCACCAGAUCCCACUCUUGCAGAACGAGGUGCUCAACUUCAUCCACAAGAAGCUGGGCGCAGAGCGACACUCUCUCGUCACUGAUCUUCAAUACCUCUACGAACACACUAAGCCAGACUCUCCUCUUCGACUGUACUACAUUCAAGCCCUGGUCCGUCGUGGUAGCGCCAGCAUGGCCCUCGCUCCCGACAAGUUGUCUAGAUGGCCGAGAGCUGCGUUGGUUGAUGUGAUGAGGACCACCUGGGGGACCGAUUCUGGCAAUUGUACCCAUGCCAAGUUCCUGGCAUGGGACUUGUGCAAGUACCACGUGCACGAAGAGGGUGUCAAGUGCAAGAAGGACGACAGGAAAAGGUAA